AUGGGAAAGAUGAAACGAGAGGUUCUUUUAUGGAUAGGACGCACAGUGUCUGUAGAAUUACAGCCGAGUAUCAUCUAUGCAUCAAAUGCAAAGACAGUGUGGAACGAGUUCAAAGAGAGGUUUAAUAAAUCUAACCUUACUCGUUUUUACCUUCUAUGGAUACAAAUUGGAUUGCUAAAGCAAGUUGGACUUAAUGAAAGCUAUAGCCAAGUGAGAAACCAGAUAUUGCUGAAAACACCAGUAGUGACUGUAAACCAGGCUUAUGCUUUGGUUAUUCAAGAGGAAAGCCAACGUGAGUUAGGUGUACUGGAAGUGAACAGGGACCCUUGA